AUGGAGCCUACAAAUGUGUUUGCGAACACUGCUCCCAUUAAUGAAGUGAACAAUGUGUCUGAAAAGUGUGUGUCUACUAGUAUUGAUCGCUUCAACUCGUCCGCACCUUCAAACUCGAGUCACAAACAUCAGCAGCUCUCCUUUUCUAGGAAAAGAUUGGAUCUGCAAUGGAAUGAGCUCAGUGAUAUGAAGUAUCUCACCCAUGGUGGAAGCAGCUGGGUCUACUCGGCAGUAUAUAAUGGAAAACCCGUGGUUGUCAAAACAUUGAAUCCAAAAUGUCGAGAAGAUCCACAUGCUGUGAUCGACAUUGAAGCUGAAGUUGCAAUCCAUUCGAUACUAAAUCACAACAACAUUGUAAAAUUUGUUGGUUCCGGUCGGACGUGCCAAGAAAACCGAUUUUUGGUCUUGGAGAGACUAACAGGGGGUACCUUAUCAGAUAUGCUACGAUUGCGUAACAGAAGGGUGGGGCAAUUCUGGAAGAAGAACAAGCAUAUGCCACCCUUUGAUACAUUGAAGUGUGCACGGUCCUUGGCAGUCGCCCUCCAAUACAUGCACGAAAAAGCAAUGCCCAAUUGUGUGCUGCUUCAUCGCGACUUGAAGCCAGAAAACAUCUGUUUCGCACUGGAUGGAACAGUCAAGUUAUUGGAUUUUGGACUUGUGCGGAUAGUUCAAAAUGCCAAUUCGAAAUCCGACGAGGCAUAUGAAUUGAGUGGGGAAACAGGGUCCCUACGAUAUAUGGCGCCAGAAGUUGCGGAAGGACACCCAUAUAACCACAAGGUAGAUGUGUAUUCAUUUGGGAUCAUCUUGUGGGAAAUGAACGCUGGGAAAAGACCAUUCGGUGGGUUGCGUACUAGAGAAGACUUCUUCAAGUUUGUAGUACAACGUGGUGAUCGACCACCGCUGGACAAAAGGAGGCCAGAGGAAUUGCGGUUGCUGAUUUCAGAUUGUUGGAAUCGUUAUAUGGACAAGCGACCUGAUAUUCAGCAAGUCAUCAAGCGGCUCGACGCACUCUUGGCCUAUGCUCAAGAGGAAAAGAAGUCAAUUGAUGAAAAAAGUGGUGAAUCAUUGUGA